UUGCCCUGCUCUCACCCUUCACUUCCUUCCCCUCGAACAUUUCCCCAAAUCUUCCGUCUUUCUUUUUCUUCAGCAAGCCCUAACGCCAAAAGAAUUAGCUACCCCAAUUUUCUAAUCAAUCGAACCAAUGGAUCUCCUCAUCCUCAUCGUCUAAAAUUCUCACUUUCUCCUGUUCUUGUUUUUUCUCGGUAAAAUUUUCCUGAAAAAAUAUCCUCGGAGCCGUAAUUUUUAACGCGUCCGGCUCGCGUUGCUGUCUGAUUUAGAUUGACUCAAAAGCUUUGUUUGUGGACUCAAUGGCUUCUUUGGAUAUGUCACUGGAUGAUAUGAUAAAGAACAGGCGUAAUAAUGAGAGAGGCAGAGGGCAAGGUAGGGCCCGUCGUGGUAGAGGAACAGGAGGGUCUUUUAGAGGUGGAAGGACAACUGGGGCUCCUCGCAGGGGCCCACUUGGUGUAAAUACUCGGCCAUCAGCUUACACUAUUGCCAAGUCCUUCCGCAGAACCAAGAAUCUGCCAUGGCAGAGUGGUUUGUUUGAAGAAAGUCUCAAAGCUGCAGGUUUGUCGGGUUUGGACAAUGGCACGAAGUUAUAUGUUUCUAAUUUGGAUGUUGGAGUGACCAAUGAAGAUAUAAGGGAACUCUUCUCUGAGAUUGGAGAAUUGAUACGAUACGCAAUUCAUUAUGACAAAACUGGUCGUCCAAGUGGUUCAGCUGAAGUCCUGUUUGCUCGAAGGAGUGAUGCAUUUCAGGCACUUAAGAGAUACAACAACGUGCAAUUGGAUGGCAAGCCUAUGAAGAUUGAAAUAGUUGGUACCAAUGCUGAGGUUCCUGUCUCUGCUCGUGUAAAUGUGGUUGGAGGGUCCAAUGGGAGGCGGCGGACAGUUGUUGUGACGCCAGGACCUGGACGCACUAGAGGCCCCACUGCUGUUACUCGUGGUGCAGGGCAAAGGGGUCGUGGCGGUAUGAGGGGUGGCCGUGGCCGUGGUGGUGGGCGUGGGCGUGGACGUGGCCGAGGUCGUGGCAGUGGUGGUGGUGGUGGUGGUGGUGGUGGUGGGGGCCGUGGGAUAAAGAAAGCUCUUGACAAAUCGGCUGAUCAACUUGACAAAGAGCUGGAUGAGUAUCAUGCUAUGCAAUCUUAAUUGACCCAUGUGCUCUGUUAUGCAAUGGAAAACCGCUAGUGAGAAAUUGCAGUUGUACGAAGUUUGAUGCUGAGUGCUUGUAUUUUGAUGCAUUAGGAAAACUUUAUACUCGGUAUUAUGUACUUUGCAGUGACCCGAUAAAGUUGGCUAGUGCUUAGAUUCUAAGUGGUUAGGUUUCUAUUCUUGCCUUUGAUCACCUUCUUUCACUUUUAGAAUGUUGUGUUAAAAUGGUUAUAUCCUGCGUUAUAUCCUGCUGAAAAUAUCUUUUCCUUUUCUAGACCUCGGCAAGUGCAGCCACAUUAUUUGUGGUACUGCCAAAGUUGGCAGUUUAGCUAAA